AUGCGUGUGAGCCCCGUCCUCACCACCAUGGUGCUUUUGACUAUCGGCGCCGUUGCUAUUCCCCUCCGAUCAGAUCAUGGUAUAUUAGUCUCCCAGUUGCCAUGGAGGAAGUGGGUUCAAGAUACUAGAGCCAACAACGCCAUCGAUAUAAAAAGCGCGAACGCCCAUCAUGCGAACCAGGGUUAUGCGGGAGUUCUUGCCAAUCGUCAAGCUGAUGAUGGUGAUGAUGACAUUGACGCGGAUGGACACGAAGGUGCAGAUCACUUCCCUCAUAGGACCAAGUGCCAGGAAUCAGACCAGGGCUACUUUGGAGAUGCAGGUGACUUUGGGAUUUAUCGCGCCAAGCGUGCUCUGACCGGCACCGACGCUUUGACUGGUUCCAACCGACAGAUUGAGGAUGGAUAG